GGCUCCAUCUUCACACACACCACCACCACUAGCUAAGCAGCUACCUUGCUAACAAAUGCCGGACCGGGAGGUGUCCAGCCCGGCGUCGUCCGGGGGUACGUCGUCCUCGCCGCCAGCGUCGCCGGCAGGAGGCGCCAGGCGCGGCGGAGGAGCGGAGAAGCGAGCCCGGGACGGGGGCCGCCACCCGUCCUACCGCGGCGUGCGAAUGCGGGCGUGGGGCAAGUGGGUGUCGGAGAUCCGGGAGCCGCGCAAGAAGUCCCGCAUCUGGCUGGGCACCUUCCCCACGCCCGAGAUGGCCGCGCGCGCGCACGACGCCGCCGCGCUCGUCGUCAAGGGACCCACCGCCGUGCUCAACUUCCCGGAGCUGGCCGCGUACCUCCCGCGCCCGGCCUCCGCGGCCCCGCGCGACGUGCAGGCCGCCGCCGUCCGCGCCGCGGCGAUGGACGUCCCCACGCUACAUGACCACGGGGCUCCUCAUGCCACCACCGCAUUGUCGUCGCCCCCGCCAUCCGCCCCGCCGAUGACGGACAGCAAGAACGUCUCCGAGGCGGAAGACGAUCUCGAAGCGAUCUUCGAGCUGCCGCGCCUCGACGAGGACGCCGCGGGGAUCAUGUUCGGCUCGGCCUCGUUCCUCGACGUGACGCUGGCGGACCAGUCAUGGUGCGACCCCGUCUGGCUACAAGAAGAUGGUUGCUGCGGCUACGCCCCGGCGGCGGCGGCGCAGGACAACAUGUUCGGCCUCGGCCAAGACGGCGCCGACCACCAUGGCUGGGGUCCGUCAGUUAGCGCACUCUUGUGGAACCUGUAA